GACAUCAAUUGCCAAAGAGCAUCCUCGCACUUGUGUCGUCGCGUAUUCUCAUUGGUUUUCGACGCUACGAGUCCUUGUAAAGUUCAUUUUCACAAAACAACCUGUUUUUGAUACGUCUGCUACUUUAUACCGCGCAGCCGUGCGAGUCAUCGUCGAGUGAGCCAGCAUCGCUAGCAAGCUAUUGUGCAGCCAGCCGUCCAAGCUGACAGCUAUGGCUGCAGUCAUCCUACAUUUCCCCACGCUGCACGGGAUAAGUUUAUUCACACAAAAAUUGUUAUGGACUAAAAGUGGAGUGAGACUUGUUUCCGGAGGGGUGGGAAGGAUAGAGAAGGUGCUGAUAGCCAAUCGAGGAGAGAUCGCCUGCCGAGUAAUGCGUACAGCAAAAAAGAUGGGUGUGCGCUCUGUGGCUGUAUACAGUGAUGCAGACAUAAACUCUAUGCAUGUUGCCAUGGCAGAUGAAGCCUACAACAUUGGGCCAGCUGCUUCUCAGCAGAGUUACCUCAGCUUGGAGAAAGUUUUAGAAGUGGCGAAGAAGUCUGGAUCACACGCAGUCCACCCUGGGUAUGGGUUUCUCUCUGAAAACACAGAGUUUGCUGAGGCUUGUAAACAGAGUGGGAUCAUCUUCAUUGGACCACCAUCCUCUGCCAUCCGGGACAUGGGCAUUAAGAGUACUUCUAAACACAUCAUGUCAGCUGCGGGAGUGCCAAUCAUUGGAGGCUACCAUGGAGAUGACCAGUCAAAUGAAAGACUGCAAGCAGAGGCUGAAAAGAUCGGCUACCCUGUGAUGAUUAAGGCAGUCCGUGGAGGGGGUGGUAAGGGUAUGCGGAUUGCACGGUCAGACUCAGACUUCUUGGAACAACUUGAGUCUGCAAGACGAGAAGCCAGAAAAUCAUUUAAUGAUGAUGUUAUGCUGGUUGAGAAGUUUGUGGAAGAUCCCAGACAUGUGGAAGUUCAAGUGUUUGGGGACAUGCACGGGAAUGUUGUCUACCUGUUUGAGAGGGACUGCAGUGUCCAGAGGAGACAUCAGAAGAUCAUUGAGGAAGCACCUGGACCUGGAAUUAGUUCUGAGGUUCGUAGGAAACUUGGAGAAGCGGCCGUGAGAGCAGCCAAAGCUGUCAACUAUGUUGGAGCAGGUACAGUUGAGUUCAUCAUGGAUGCCCGGCAUAACUUCUACUUCAUGGAGAUGAACACCAGGCUCCAGGUGGAGCAUCCCGUCUCUGAGAUGAUCACCGGCACAGACCUGGUGGAGUGGCAGCUCAGGGUGGCAGCAGGAGAGCGCCUACCUCUCCUUCAAGAUGAUAUUGUGCUAAACGGUCACGCUUUUGAGGCUCGAAUUUAUGCUGAGGAUCCAAAUGAAGAUUUCCUCCCGGGUGCAGGUCCUUUACUACAUCUGUCCACACCUGCACCAGACCAGCACACUCGGAUAGAGACUGGAGUCAGAGAAGGAGACGAGGUGUCUGCUCAUUAUGAUCCGAUGAUAGCAAAGCUUGUUGUGUGGGGGGAGGACCGCUGUGCUGCCUUAAAGAAGCUACGCUACUGCUUAAGGCAAUACAAUAUUGUGGGUCUGAGCACCAACAUUGACUUCCUGCUGAGUCUCUCGGGCCACCCAGAGUUUGAGGCGGCGAAUGUGAGCACCAGCUUCAUCCCCCAGCACUACGCCGAUCUUUUCCCGGCACCAAGAGCUCCCUCUGGGGCGACCGUGUGUCAGGCCGCCUUGGGCCUGGUGCUCCAGGAGAGGAAACGCACAAAGGACUUCACAGGCACCUCCACAGAUCCUUUCUCGCCAUUUGGCUCGAGUAGUGGCUGGAGGCUGAACACGCAGUUUCACAGGAGAAUUCCGCUGCAGCUCGGAGACAAAAAGCUUGAAGUGGUUGUCACAUACAGCAAAGACGGGAGCUACACGAUGCAGUUGGGCGACGAGUUAUUUCAUGUGACAGGAGAGGUGGAGAUGGAGGGCGGUGCGUCUUUUCUCCACUGUUCAAUCAACGGUGUCAAGUCUCAACCCAAAGUGGUGAUCCUGGAAAACACCGUUCACCUGUUCUCCAUGGAGGGGAGCUCUGAAGUGUUCGUUCCAGUUCCACAGUAUCUAGCUGCUGUGAGUGGGUCUCGCGCUCAGGGUGGUGCCGUGGCCCCCAUGACUGGAACGAUUGAGAAGGUGCUAGUGAAGGCGGGCGACAAAGUAAAGCUUGGUGACCCUCUGAUGGUCAUGAUUGCCAUGAAGAUGGAGCACAUCAUUCGGGCGCCCAAGUCAGGUGUGAUUGGAAAAGUUUUCUUCAGUGAAGGCUCACAGGCCAAUCGACACGCUCCGUUGGUGGAACUGGAAGAAGAGAGCGGGGCUGACGUGGAAGCGCCUCACAGUUGAGUGGAAACCCGCAGAGCUGUUCAGGUUUAGUCUGGAAUGGUUGGGAAUCUCUUGAACUUGGAAGCUCAAAAUGGAUGUUGACAGCUAAAACGCAUCACAUCCUCAAGAGCUGGUGGCUUUUCUUUCCACUCUGCUGCCUUUAUUACAUCUUCGAGUCCAUGUAAUUGACGAUAAAAAUGGAAUCUGGUUAAUUCUAAUGAUAUGUGGGGGAACAUCUACGUUUUGUCUCUGACUGCAAGUAAGGAAUCACCAGAAUGCUGGCACAACUGCACAAUAUUUGAAUUGAUUACUGAUGAGUGAUGAAGAUUUGUCAUUCAUGUCGAGCCAAAUGCUAGUGUACAUUGCAGUUAAUAAAAGAUAAUCAGUGUUUAUAAAAUGUUUAUUCUCCAAAUAAAAAUGAACUUUCAGUCAUGCUAUCCCAA